AUGAAAUAUUUGAUUUUGAGUUUGUUUGUUUUGAAUGUGUACAGCUUCUCAUUGAAUGAUGAUUGGGAUGGUAUGGAAGAAGCAGUGAAAGUUCAAUAAGAUGCAGUUUUGGUAUAAAGAAUAAUUAAAUAGGAUCUAGUAGACUAGUUAGACUUAUAUUCAGAGACUCCGAUUACAUAGUAAAUAGAGAAUCAAGUAUAAUAAUUAAUGAAUCCUCAAUCUGAGAGUGAUUAGGAAGUGAAAGCAGAAGAUUAGAGUGAGGAGAUUCAUUCUUUAGAGUAUUGGUUAGAGAGAUUGGGAGAUGAAUAUUAAGAUGAAACAAUUUUAUUAUAAUAAUAAUAAUAAUCAUAAUAAUAACAAUCAAUUACUGAAUAGAUAACAACUGUUGUCGGUAAUUUAGUAUUGAAGGUAGGUGAUGCAAAUUAAUUAAAAUAAAUAGCAGAAUAAACUGACAUUGCAUCACCUUUGAUUAUAGAUGGAAUUGAAUUAGAAUAUUAGAAUAAUCAAGAUAUAAAUUAGAAUAUUUAAAUGUAGUAAUUAUUGAGUUCUGCUUUGGAAAUGUAGAAAUCAUUAAAUUAAGAAGAUUAAUUAUAAUAAAAUGAUUUAAAGAAAAAACAUAAGAAAAAAAGACCAAUUAUUGAUAUUGAUUUUAAUGAUUUAACUAUCUCUGAAGAAGAUAAUGAUUAAAUUAAUACAGAUAAUCUAUCAUCUUAAUCAAAUUAAAAUAAUGAUAAUACUAUUGAAGUAUAAAUUAAUUCCAUUAAUGAGAAUGAACAAUCAUCCAAUGAUUCUAUAUCUAAAUUCACUCCUAAUGAAGAUACAAUUAAUCAAGUUUAAGAUAAUACUAGAAUGUUUAAUUUUUUAAAUGAUGUUCAUGAUGAUUCAUUAAAUUUAAAUCAACCUAAAUAAUAAGUUUAACAAUCUUAUAAUUACAAAGAAUAUUCUUUUAAUAAAUUAGAUUAAGAUCCACGUUCUUUUUAUAAUGAUAAUGAAGAUUCUACUGUAAAAGUACUUGAAAGAGAAUAAAUUAGAGAUUCUAAUAAUAAUUUAGAUAAUGAUAAAUAAUAAUCAUAAAUUUAACAAUAAUAAUAAUAUUCAAAAUCUAGUAUAAAUACUAAAGAUACUACUUAAAACAAAGAGACUGAUUAAACUUUAUAAAAUUAGGAUUAACAAUAAGAAACUUCUAUUCUCAAAAAAUAUUUAUUAUAUACAGAUUAACCUGAAGUUAUUUCUACUGGAACUACUGAUAAAGAGAUUGAAGAUGAUAAAAGAUUAGUUACUGCUUUCAAAUCAAUGAAUAGAGAUGAACAUUGGAUAAUUAAUAACAAAAAAUAAAAAGAUGAUAAGGAUUUUAGAAAUGAACUAUUGACAUGUAUAUAUUUUCUAAUUAAAUUUCUAGUUUCUAACGUUAAUGAAUAAUCAGAAUAAAAAGAAUAAAAAAUACCUUAAUUUAAAGAAGUGACUGAUAAAUAAGUUGAAAAUCCACAUAAAUUCAUUUCAUUUAAACCUGAUCCUGAAUUUGAAAAGGCUGAGAAUUCUAAAAAAGAUUAAGAUAUUAAAUCUAAAUAAGAUUAAAAUUCAAAGUCUAAAUAUGAUGAAUUACCAGAAACAAAAUUACAAUCUAAAGAAGAAAUGAAAAAAGAAAAAUAACAAAAAAUAUGUAUUUAAUAUAUUAUAAAAAAUAAGAGGAAAUGUAAAGGAUUAUAGAGGAAUAAUUGAAAAAUAAAACAUUGAAAAAGAAAUCUGAUUCUGACAAAUCUUUAUAAUAUGAAAGUGAAUAUCUAUAAUGGGAAAGAGCUACUUAAGCUAAAUCUUAUCCUACUGAGAUCAAUUUUGUCAUGACCAAAAAUAAUUUAAGAAAAAGAUUAUGAUUUAAAACUAAAACAAACAUAAAUUAGCAAC